AAGUGCUCGAGGCCACCAAACAAGAGGCUGCGAGAUCCAAAGACGCUGAAAGUAAGAAGGUGCAAGAGCUCGAGAAGGAAGCCGAGGCUAUGGCAUCAAACUUUCAAGCAGAGCUCGCGAAGGUCCAAGGUGUGGCGAGCUCUCUGGAGGAAAAACUGGACGAAGCAGCCCGACUCAUUUCUGAGCAGGAGAAGACGAUCUCGCGAAUGCAGGAGAGCGAGGCCCAGCAGCGAGAUGGCUACGCAUCGGAGACCAAGUCGCUCCUCGCCAAGCUAAGCGCGAUGAGCGAAGAGUUUUCCAAGGAAAAGCAGCUGCUGGAUAAUGAGAUAUCUAGUGUCAAAGGCGAGAGAGAGGAUCUUCGUAAGAAGCUGAGUGAGAUCCACGUAAAUGGAGCGUUUGCCAGAAUGAGAAGUAUCUCCAGAGAUUUGAGCUCUCAAGGCAACGCCGAGGAGGAGGAAAGGAGCGGCUUCUUCCGCGGGAGUUGUGGAGGAGGAGACGAGCAGUGGCAAGGACAAAGUGGUGGGAAAGCAGGGCAAGGCUUCCUCCGGGUUCCUGGGAGCAACUAG